UACAGAGGCUAUAUUAUUGAUUUACUCGAUGAAAUGAGUAAGAAUUUAAAUUUUACUUAUAAAAUAAGAAUAGUUGCCGAUGGUCAGUAUGGUUCACAAUACACCGACAAAAAUGGAGCGUUAAAAUGGACCGGCGUAAUAGGCGAAGUGAUAGAUGGGAUAGCCGAUAUGGCCGCUGCACCACUCUCUAUAACCCCAGAACGACAACAAGCACUAGAUUUUACUAUGCCAUUCAUGAAUCAAGGUUUAACUGUCUUAACGUUAACGAAAAAAAAUGAGGCCAAUUCUUUAUUUCAAGCAUUUUUACCCCUUAAAAUUGAGGUUUGGAUUGGAAUUUUAAUAUCACUGAUAGUGGUAGCAAUAGCGACUACAUGUAUGAAUCGAUGGAGUCCUUUCGAUUAUUAUGGUAAAGCUGCAGAAAAGCUACAAAUGUUGGAAGAUCGCUAUCAAACCUUUUCGUUUGGGAAUACUUUGUGGUAUACAUUGGGAUCCUUUCUGUCCCAAGGGGCUGAUAGAACACCAAGAUCGAUAUCAGCACGUUUAAUUACAGCAAUUUGGUGGUUAUCUUCUGUUAUUAUUAUUGCUACCUACACUGCUAAUUUAACUGCCUUUUUGACUGUCAGCAGUUUACAAACUACAUUUAAUUCCUUACAUGAUUUGGCAAAAAGUUCAGGCAUGGGAUAUGGAGUUUUAGCGAAUAGCAGCAUUGAAUAUUUCUUCUUGAACACUGCUGUCUCACCUUAUCAGGAAAUGAAGCAUAAUUUAAAGAAUGUUCGUAGCAAUAUGGAAGGUGUUCAGCGCGUACUUUCUAGUACAACUGAGCAUUAUGCGUAUAUUGGAGAUGCUGCAGUACUUAAAUAUGCCAAAAGUCAGUAUUGUAAUUUGACUACAGUUGGAAGUUUUAAAGAAGACAGCUUUGGCUUGGCGCUACCAAAAGAAUCGCUUUACUGGAAAGAAGUUAGCAUUCAAAUAUUAAGAUUUCGUGAGGAAGGGUUUCUAGAAACUUUACAGACAAAAUGGUAU